AUCCCCGAGUGGAACCCUUAAGCAAAAGCAACUCUAAUUUCCCAGAGAGGCAGCUUGGACUCAUUUCUUGCUUUUUCCAGGAAGGUUGGGUGCUCAGCUGGAAUGAAUAUAGCAUUUAUUUAUUAGACACAAAAAACCAGGUAAGGGAAAGCAGUGCAGCUGUAUUUGAUCUGUAGCGUUUCAAGCCCAGUUCAAAGGUUGGACUCAGAUACACUGUGAAUCAACUGUGCUGAUGGAAAUGAACAUUGCAAGCCUGUAGCAGCUUCUUCAGUCCCCUGAAAAUACUACACAGAGCAACAGGACACCCUGUUAAAUGCAGGGGGCAGCAUUCCAAAAAAAUGGGGCAGAGGGACUUUCCAAAAGUAGAUUUCUUCUUUGGGAAGGUGGAUCCUCCAUACAAAUUUGUGGCUUGGUUUUAAGAUAAACUGUGUAUAGGCACAUCAUCAAUAAAGCAGGGAAACACUUUUCUCUAUUUACUGUGGAAUCCCUGCAUGGUGGAGAGGGCUUCUGGGUACAGUUUGAAGUCUGCUCCAUUCAAGCAGGGCUGGUUUGUUGGUUUCCUGAGGUGGUGCCUUAAAGCAUUCCAUUUUUUCUGGAUCAUUUCCAGACCUUUAUGCCUCUUUAGCCAGGGAAGGAUUUCAGAUUCUGUUUCAAAUAUUCAAAUUUCUGAGCUGAAACUAAAAGCUAAAAGUUGAAAAACAUACACUGUAUUUACCAAUUUACAUUUUGAACAAUAUAUGGUAACAAUCGAAUGAAGGAGAAUAUGUAAAGAUAUGGGGCUGACUAUUAAAUUAAAACAAGUGGGAUCUGCAAGCAAGUGUUGCGGGUUUCCUCACUUGCUAAACUGAGUGCAACUGUUUGAGGCUUCAGACAGGCUGGAACAGGCAGUUUGUACUGCCUCUUGGGGAGAGAAGGGGAGUUAUGGGGGGGAACACCCCUUUUUGCUCUGCCCUGCCCUUGAUCUAUAUAGCAUUUGAGGGCUCAGAUACAGAGCUGGUUUUCAACCCUGAGCAUUUUAUAAUGGAUAGUCAGCUUGACAAGGUUGCUGAGGAAAGAAAACUGGUGUCCUUUAGCAUUUUUGUCUUUCUUGAAACACCCCUGUAAAAACUAGGGAGGAGAGUUUUUAAUCUAACAGAAGUCAACCUCUCCUCUCAGUUGCUUCCAGGAUACUUCACUAUAAGAGACCUGAGCAGGUCGAUUCUCUCCUUCCUGUGUCCCCCUGCCCACUUUCCAUCUCUUCUUUCUCUUUCAAUUACUAACGCAAGUUUCUAUAUGCCCUGGAUGUUUACAGAUCUUUGUGGGGCCGUUCCGGUAUAUUGAAAACUAUAUUUUAAUUUACAAACUUGCUAUAUGUUCCAAACAGGGUUCAGGUUCAUUUGAGUAAUCCCCUGAAUCUGCUGUACCCAGGUGCCUGAUGGACUCAAUUCCCCAGGCAAUAGACCCAUACAUUAUUUUUCCCUGAGUGCCCAUGUUUGCUUCUCGAGGGCAUUACAAUGAAUUCCAGGCAGGUCAUGCAAAUGUGCAUAUUUCAUAUAUGCACUGUACUUUGUAAUUCUCUAUUUGUCCCUUAAGGAAGAAUCCUUUUGCCCCUGAACAGUGACUUGGGGGUGGGGGGAUGUAGGAUAUUUCAGAUUCCCUUGGAAGGGGGAACUGAAGCUGUGUCCCCACUCCUCCUUGCAGUCUAUAUGGAAAGAACCAUACUGGCUGCCCUCCAAUGUCAGGAACUCAACCUUGGAGGAUGGGGGAAGGGCAGGGAGGGCAAGAGACUGGACAGUCCAGGAUAUGAGUUAUCCUGAGUCCUCUCCAGCAUUCUUCCCUCUCUCUUCAAUGCUCUCCUGCUAGAUGACAGGCACGAAAAGCCCACCCAGGGAAAACUGCAGGGUGGGAGUGCUGAGAGGUGAAGGUUGCCUGCUCAACUCGUCUUGCCUUGCACAGAAUGCUUGUAGGUCUUGGAGUUCAGGAGUUAUGAUCUUCAAGGGUGCAACCCAUAAAGUUGCACCCUUGGAGGAGCAUGAUACUGGUCUGAAGAGUGCUCUGCAAUCCUCAUUCUUUAGUCUAAGUCUGUUAAGUAAUUUGUUAUUCCUGAACCUAGAAGUAGAAACUGAACCAGAGAGUUUUUGCUCAUGGCCAUCUGCUCAGUGGCUAGAAUGACUUGCUCCAUUUCUCCAAUUAUGUUGAUACAUGUCUUAAAUUUAAGAUGUGUGAUGGCCACUGUUGUUCCAGCCACAGUAUAACUGUGGAUACAGUUCUGGAUACAUAAAAGUAUGUGUAUUUUACUUGGAUUCUUCACUGAACUGCAAAGUCUUUAAUAGCAGCUUCUAAUCAGUUCUGCUGUGACUUGUUUACUGUGUGAUUUAAUCUUGAAAUGAAGAACACCGCCUCUGAGACAGUUUUAGUGGGCUGUGGAGAAGGUACCAUGGUAACACUUGUAGCUUGUUAGAGACAGUGGAGGAGGCUGGGGAGAAAACCAAAUAAAAGUUUUGUUCUUUGCGCCAGUAAAAGGAAAUUAAUGGGGCCACUACUUUUACUCCAUGCAGGUUUAUAAAUUGGCAUUAAUGAAUAAUGACUUGCAGAAUUUGGACAUUAAGAAAAACUUUGUGGUUUGUAGGCUACUGGGUAUUAUUUGCAUUUCUAAGCUGCUACUAUAGAGCUGUAUUCCUUUGCUUUAUUUUCAUUUUAAUAGACUUUUUGUGGGUUCCUGCCAACUUUUAUGCUACCUUGGUAUUUGAAAGUACCUAGUCUGAAUUUACACUUCUCAUGCCAACAAGAGUUGAAUCAUCAUCACAACUGAACUAAAUUAUAAAGCACUUUAUAACCCAUUUCUGUAAGCAUUGCAUACAUCAGGCCUGUAUUAGUUCUUCUUCUGGUAGUGUCAUUUGGCUUCUUGUUUUCAUUAUAUAAUGUCACUGGCCAAAAAUACAAAAACAACUCUGAAGUGCUAUUUGCAUCCUAAAGAGCUUUUCUUGGCACAUUUGAAGCCUAUCUUUAACUUUUCCUUGUUUUUGCAGACUAUGAUUGGCAGCUUGGAAGGAUCUGGCGAUAUUGUGUCUGUAUCCUGUACAGAAAAUGAAAUUUUCCUCUUAAAGGGAGACAGGGAUAUCAUCAGAAUCUCAAGCAAGCCUGAGGGAUUGGGGUCAAUAGAUAUGGAUUCAAAAAUGAUGAGCCCAUUAACUGAUUUGAGUCCAAAAUUACAAAGUCCACACUCAGUUAUUGCAUCCAUGCCAUCUAAUCCGUCUCCAGAAGUAAACCAAAAAUUAAUUAGCUUCCCCUCACCUCAAACACCUGGUGACAAAAAUGGCUCUGUAGAUACAGCUUCCUUGGACACAGCACUACUAACAGAGAAAAUUCGCUCACAGAGCUUUGAUGAGCUAGGGGACCUGAGCACUGACCCCAGAAGAAGGGGCUACUCAGUAGCUAGUGAACCAAGAAGUAGAAGCAGGAGCAGCUCCAUGAAUUCUGUGGACAGUGGCUCCAGUUUCUUGACCAGUGGAGAUCUAACCUCAUCAGAAGUUCAGAGAGAAGGGCAACGGUUCAGCACGAUCAGCUCUGAAGACUUCAAUCAGGCAUUCACUGUCAAACAGAUCAAAGUGAAAAAGAAAAAAAAGAAAAGACAAGAAAAUGGGAUCAGGAGGAAACCCAGCUCUCUGGAAAGCUCACCCUGCUCUGAGCAUCAGGACUUUGCUGAGAGCCCUCGGUCUGUAAAUACUGAUUCACCCUCCCUUAAUUCUGACUUGGUGAGCAGCAUGGUGGACCACUUAAGCAUGAGUUCUGCAGACCAAGAAUCCUUGUGUGUGUGGCAGGAAGAAAAUGGCUCUGAAACAUUCAGCGUACUUCAGUCUCCAGAAUCGGUAGUGACUGUAACACCGGAGGACAAUGACAGUGUGCCUGAGCUGCUGAAAUUUUCUAAUGGGGAGAAUGAGAUGGGGACAUCCUCUGCCAUAAACACCUUACCAUCCUUGCCCCCGCUGCUUCUCACAGAUGACAAAGUGCGGAGUGCUGAUGCUGAGCGGAACUGGAAUCUUCCGAGUGAACAAACUGAAACCAGCUCAAAGCAACUGUCCCAAAGCAGCGAACAGUUUCCUCUCCCCAGUAAAACAGAGGGCGCUUUAGAUGAUUUAGGUCUACUGGAUACUUCAGAUCUUCUGCAAGAACCAAGCCUCGAGAAAGGGAUGCCUGUAGCUGUGAGCACAGCCAGUUGUACUGAGGAGCCAUUUGGUCAGGGUGUGGGUGUUGAGCCCCACGUAGGCCAGACACUGCAGGAUCCUCUAGAGGAGCUGGCCCCACUAAUUCCCACUGUUCCUCCUGCUGCCCUUUCCAGAGAAGAGGUAAGUCCUCAAGAAAGUGCAUUACAUGGGCAGGAUGUUCAGGAGACGUUUGAAACUGAAACCAGCCCUAACACUGCCAGUGAAUGGAUAAGCAACACCCACGACGUAAGAGCAGAACGAUCUGCAUCCAGUGAUGAGGAAGAUAUCUAUGGACAUGGCUUGCCUUACUCCUCUUCAGAGACUAGCAUGGCAGAAAUGGGAGUCUGCCUGCCUUCCCAGGAUAAAGUCAGAACAAACAUAGAGGAAGGUGUGCUUUUAAAGUCUGAUCAGUUUGCAGAAAGCUGGAUGGGCUAUGCAGGUCCUGGCUAUGGAAUACUGAGCCUGGUUGUCUCCGAGAAAUACGUUUGGUGCCUGGAUUACAAAGGCAGCCUGCACUGCAGUGCUUUACCUAGUGCUGGUCUGCGCUGGCAGAAGUUUGAAGAGAAUGUCCAGCAGGUGGCAGCCUCUCCUUCAGGGACUCUACUCUGGAAGGUUGAACAAAAAACAAAUAAAGCUUUUGCCUGUGGAAAAGUAACUAUAAAAGGGAAACGUCACUGGUAUGAAGCUUUACCUGAAUCAGCCUUUGUAUCUUUGAGUGAUGACACUGCCUGGAUUAUUCGAACAAAUGGAGAUCUGUAUCUGCAGACAGGCCUGAGUGUGGAUCGUCCCUGUGCCAGAGCAGUAAAGGUGGAGUGUCCAUAUCCUCUGUCGCAGGUUACAGCCAGAAAUAAUGUUGUCUGGGCAUUGACUGAACAACGGGCACUUCUCUUCCGUGAAGGUGUGAGUAGCUUCUGCCCUGAAGGGGAGCAGUGGAAAUGUGACAUCAUCAGUGAAAUGCAGGGUUUAGAACCUGUAUGUGUAACCCUUGGAGACCAACAAACCAUUUGGGUUUUAGACAUCUGUGGAAAUCUGUGGUUCAGAACAGGCGUUGUUUCAAAGAAACCACAAGGAGAUGAUAAACACUGGUGGCAAGUAAGCAUUACGGAUUAUGUCGUGUUUGACCAGAACAGCCUUUUCCAGACCAUAAUCCAGGCAACCCAGACAGUAGCUACAGCAGCCCAGGCCCCCGUUGAGAAGGUGGCUGACAAACUCCGCACAGCUUUUUGGUCACAGCAGCUCCAGAGUCAGCCAAGUCUACUUGCGGUCAGCAGUAGCGGUGUCUGGAUCUCCUCUGGGAAGAAUGAGCUUCACGUAGCAAAAGGAAGCCUUGUAGGUACGUACUGGAAUAACGUUGUGCCUCGCGGCACUGCUUCAGGCACAAAAUGGGCUUUUGUGUUGGCUUCUGCUGCUCCAACAAAAGAAGGAAGCUUUUUGUGGCUGUGCCAAAGUAGCAAGGAUCUAUUUUGUGUCAGUGAUCAAAAUCCUCAGUUCCAUCCUUCAACAGUUCAGUUACCCUCUGAUGGUGAGAUGGUGUGCUAUUCUGCCUGCCAGGAUGCCAUAUGGAGCCUGGAUAGUGUGGGGCAGAUCUUCAUUAGGACUCUUUCACCCACCUGCCCAACAGGGAUGCACUGGACCAAACUGGACCUUGCUCAGUUAGGUGCUGUGAAACUUAGAAGUUUAGCAUGUGGAAAUCAGCACAUCUGGGCCUGUGACAGUUGUGGUGGUAUCUACUUCCGGGUUGGAACUCAGCCUCUGAACCCAAGUUUGAUGGUGCCUGCAUGGAUAAUGAUUGAACCGCCUGUCCAGCCCGUUGGAGUCAACUUGAUCAGUGUGUACUCCAGUCCUAAUGAUCAGAGCCUUUGGGCGAUUGACAGCAAAUGGAAUGUUCAUGUACGGGUUGGAAUUACGGAGGAAAUGCCUGUAGGCACAGAUUGGGAACAGGUUCCAGGACUGCAGGCAUGUGAGCUGGCGAUAAGUACAAGAACUGUUUGGGCACGCUGUCCAAAUGGGGAUAUUGCACGGCGGUACGGCAUCACCUAUAAAAAUCCUGCCGGAGACUACUGGAAGAAGAUCCCCGGCAGUGUCGUUUGUUUGACAGUUACUCCUGCAGAUGUCCUGUGGGGAGUUGGUCCUUCUGGAUAUCUCCUCCAGCGUCUCACAAAGACCUUCCACCAUUCUCACACCUUGCAGAAACAAAGCGAUGCAUCUGUGUCCUUUCACCCUGAGGAUUUUGAAGAUGAGUGGGAAGUCAUAUGAAGUCCUCAAGGAUGCAGAACUGUAAAAUAGCAAGAAAACAUGCUUGGGAAUCCUGUUACAUGCCAAAUGCCAGGCUCUUAAAGCCCCAGACAUUUGACAAUAUUAGCACUUUGGUAUAUUAAAAAAAACCCUGACUUGUCCAAUAGCCCCAAAUUGUGUAGUGAGGUGUCUUGUUUCAGUAUCUCAGGUGAGACAGGCAAUGUGGCUUAAAGAAAUUGUGAACUUGUCAUGGUUAUAGUGAUUCUGUUUUGAAAUAUAACAUGUCAGUUUAACCUCAUUAGCAGCAAAACUGUUUUGCUCUAGCAUGCAGGCUAAUAUCUGUGCUACAUUGGGAAGGACGUGCAUUACAUUAACUAUUUUUCAACACCAGGAAUGUGUUUAAACUUUCUUCUUGUACUUCAGAGUCUGAGUAGAAGGAAAUGGAUACACUGUGGAUGGAGAUCGCAUUUCAGUUUCCCCUUCAUAAAAGGAACAAUAUAUGUUUCUUGGUAGAAAGUCAAAUCAGUGGUGUUCCAAUGAAAAUAUUUUGGGAUAAUUUUAAUUGUAACCUCUCUGGUUCCUUAAACUUUUGCUUUGUGAUGAACUGGGUUAAAAAGGAAAACCUAGUUUCAUUCAUUACUGGGGAGCUUGGUUUUAUCUCAUUCUUGUUGGAAUGUUUGUUCUCUGUAUACAUACACCAGGACAUUAAUGGCUUUUGUUCCACAGAUACCUAGGAGAGGGUUAGAAAGAACAUUGUAAGUCUGGCUUGUAGAAUGACGGUAGUUCUGUGGGUGGUAUUUAUACCACACUUAGCCUGAAAGAACUGUGCCUGUAACCAGAGGAGAUUCUUAGUUCCCUUUUUGUACCAUAAUUUAGAAUAAAAACUGAAAAAGUGCUAAUAAAGAAAUGUAUCCCAUAAGUAUGUGGUAUUUGUCAGGAUUUGUCUCUGCAAUGAUCAGUUUUUAGCUACAUUAGCUAAAUAUUGCAAUAUCUUACGUUUGAGAAGUUUACAGCACAGGUACUUUAUAAUCUACUAAUCCUUACAGCAUAUAUUUCAUGAAGCUUAAUUUUCUUAAAAAAACAGCUAAGAAAAAUUGUAACUUCCAGUAGCUUAGGAUUGUAGUAUUUUAUAUCUGUUUAUUUGUGGCUUCCUUGGAAUCUUGUAAGCAGCUGCUAAUGAAUCUGCAAAUGAGCCAACUUCCACUGCAGUGGGGAAUGUGUGAAUCUAAAGUGGAGGUGAAGGGACUUUUUUUAAGCUUUCCAGUGCUAUGCGGAGAGCUGAUGCAAACCAGAAAGAUGGAUACUCUCCAUACAGAGAAAUAAUGUUGGUCACUAAAAAUACCUGGUUUGCAACCGCACUUGCAUAAGGAGUGCUCGAUUUUCGGUCUGCUCUUAGUUUAUGGCGACGAGGAGGUCAUAUUUGUUUGAGAGCUGAUCUGUUUUGCCUGAUAACUUCUUCAUCUAUAUAUGGACCUGGCCUCAGAGUUUCCUUUUUUAGUCUGUCACUGGAUUGUGACCAAUGUAGCUGCUCAAGUUUACCCCGUUCAUUUAUUAGUAGGCUAUUUUGAGGAGCCUCUCAGUGAGGGAAUCUCCAAAGUUGUAAACACACACACCUCCUUUGAAGUUGGAAACUUCUGGGAGAUGCUGUCAGCAGUAUUUUACACUCCUCCCGGCCAAAUGUUCACAUUACAGUAAAAUACUGAAAAAAUAAAUGACAUUUUGUAUAGAUGUACACUUUUUUACAAAGACCUCUUGGCAGCAGCUUAGCUUGCCAGCUGCUUUUGUUCCCUGUACUAGUGCACCUUGCCUUGUUCAUGAAUAUAAAUGGGUGUUGACAGCCCUUCCAAGUCAAUGAGAUUGUUUUUGUAUUGACUGAUCUAAUCAUCAAAUGCUUACCAUCCUUAUUUUCAUUUUUGUACAUUUGUGUUUUGCCUCUGUGUUCAGUGCAAUAAGCUUGUCUUGUUCUUAAAGCAAAGCGAAAAAUCUCUUACAUUUAAAUAUUUGAUAAAAGAAUGCUAGAUUGGCUUUGCAGGACAGUUUAAUGAGGGCUUGCACUGACACUAGAGAGCGUACUUGGGGGUCUCACGUAAGCCAGGUGCUCAAACAGAGAGUGAUGCCCUAUAGCACUUUGUUCCUGUCCAAGAGCUUUUACUUGAAUCUUAAAGAAUUCCAACUUUUGGCUUUAUUUAAGCAUGUCGUAGCAUUACUACAAAGAUUGCAAUGAAAAUAUUACUAAACAUUUGAAUAAAGGAAAUAACCAAAAA